UUUUCCAACACUAAAAAUUGUGCCCGUCAUUCUGGCAAUUCAACAAAAAUUUGCUUUUCAUAUAUUGUUAUUAAAAACGAGUAAAUUAAAAUGUUGAACAACUACAACAGCAUGGCCCAGCCAUUGUGGCAGAAUGGACCGACACCCGGAGCCUUCUACAACUUUACCGGCGGCCAGCAGCAGACCCAGAAGUUGCCAAAAGAGUUGACCACUGCAGGCCCCUUCGGAACGAAGCGCAGCACCUCUUCCAUUACCACAGGCUCCUCUGUUCUGGGUAUACGCUACGAUGGCGGCGUCAUGAUUGCCGCCGACAAACUGGUCUCGUACGGCUCUCUGGCACGCUACCAGAACAUUGAUCGCGUCUUUUCCAUCAACAAUAACAUCAUUUUGGGCGGCGGUGGCGACUUUGCCGAUAUACAGUCGAUCAAGCGCACCAUUGACCAGAAGAUGAUAGAGGAUCAGUGCCAUGCGGAUGGCAUUACCAUGAAGCCCAAGGCACUGUCCAGCUGGCUGACGCGUGUCCUCUACAACCGUCGCUCGCGCAUGAAUCCCUUGUACAUUGACGUGGUUGUGGGUGGCAUCGAGCAGGAUGGUACCCCAUUCUUGGCCAAUGUCGAUUUGCGUGGACGUGCCUAUGAGGAUUAUGUGGUGGCCACAGGAUUCGCUCGCCACUUGGCUCUGCCUCUAGUGCGCGAACGCAAGCCAAACGACCGUGACUUUACAGCUGAAGAGGCCUCCGAACUGAUCCGUAAAUGCAUGGAGGUGCUCUACUAUCGUGAUACCCGCAACAUGGCCCAGUACACUGUUGGCGUCUGCAAUAACAGCGGCGCCACCAUCGAUGGACCCUGCAAAGUCAGCGAGAACUGGUCCUUUGCCGCCACCAUCAAGGGAUACUAGGAGUGCAACUCCUUCAGCCGAUAGAAUGUAUAAUUUAAGCUAGUGGCGGUCUUUCGAUGAAUAAAAAUUACUUUUCCAAUCAAA